AUGGUACUUCCACCAAAAGUCUUGUUCAAUCAACACGGAGACAUAAAGCUGGAUUACGGAAGAAUUGGCAAAAGAAGGCUAUCAGAGAGGAAGCGGAAACACGGUCGAACGCCUUCGGAGGGUGAGAACGAGAGUUGCGCAAACCUAUCUCAUGAAAGCCCCAGAGCUCAAGAGUCUUCAACUGUCCAUGAAGUCGAAUCUUCGGCAUCAGGAACAGGGACUACAUGA